AUGAGCAAAGCGGCUCUCGCGGUCGACCGUCUGUCGCAACCUGUCGCGAAGACUGAGAAGGAAACGGGGGCAGGCGGAAAAAAUGAUGGGGGUUAUGCGGAGGCGGGCGCAGAGGCGGACGCGGAGGCGGAAGGGGACGCGGAGGCGGAAGGGGAUGCGGAGGCGGAAUCGGAGGAGGUGGACGACGAGCAGCGGGGCCUGCCGGCGGAGGUGCUGGCGAAAGAGCGCAAGCUUGCGCGUUCGCGAAAGUCGAGAUCCGCCACCUCGCGGAAGGCCGUAAAGGUCACUGGUGGUAACACGGUCGACGAGGUUGGCGAAGAGGACGACGAAGCCGAAACGGAGGAGGAGGCGGAAAUGUUGAAUGCCGAGAGUGAAAAGGGAUCCGAUGCGACAGCCAACAAAACUAGCGAGGAGGAGGACGUGUUUCGCGAGCUAAGGCUUUCGCCGGAAGACGAGGCGACGCUUUGCGAGCUUCGCAAAACGCGCGUGCAGCGCGAGAAGGCGGCGAGCCGCGUGAAGCACAAGUACCGCAAAGUGGCGUUCAUGUUCCUCACCAAGGGCCCCAUCCCGCACGCCAAGCUAUGGGAGCGAUACUUCAAGGGUCACGAGGGAAGCUACUCCAUCUACGUGCACACGGCGCCGGGCUACGAAUUCCCCAAGAACGCCUCCGCGCUCUUCCGCAACAACACCAUCCGCAGCGAAGCGGUGUCGUGGGGCUCGCCGACGAUGAUCGACGCCGAGCGACGGCUGAUUGCCGCGGCGCUCAAGGACCCAGCCAAUCAUAACUUCGUGCUCAUCUCCGAAUCUUGCAUUCCCGUUAAGAGCCUGAAAUUUACGUGGAGAUAUCUCCUUGGAACUGACUACAGCUUUGUAUCCAGCUUCACUACAGACAGAUACGUGAAUACGGGACGACACGAUGAACGCAUGGCUCCACUGAUUCCUCUUGAAAAGUGGAGAAAAGCGUCUCAGUGGUUCUCGGUUACACGCAAACAUGCGAACAUUAUAAUUGAUGACAUCGAUGUGCAUAAGCUUUUUCAAAUCUACUGCAGGGGCGACAUCCAACAUCACGAGUGCUACUCAGACGAGCACUACAUCCCAACUCUUCUCAAUUUGAAAGACCCCGGGAAUCUGGCCAAUCGCACCAUCACCUAUGUCGACUUCCCACUCAACUCGGCCCACCCACGCACCUUCGAUCCCUUUCUCACUCGACCCAGCCUCAUUCGCUACAUCACUAAGCCGCGAAUGUACAUGCAUCGUAAUGUCGUGGAACCUGAUGAUGAAACUCCACAAAGC